UGAACGUGUCUCAGUCUCCGGUGUAACAUGAACGGAGGAGAGGCGAUGCUACCGCCGCCGAUGCCCUGCGCUUCUUCUCUUUCUUCGUCUUUUUCGUCUUCACUCCCGUUCUCCGUCUCUACGCUUACCAGGCCGUACGGGGACUGACACAACCCGCACACAACACACACACACACACACACACACACACACACCCAGAGGAGGAAUUACGCACAGAUCCGAGCCGGUCCCGGUCCUCCAUUGGCAAACAUCAGCGGGUACGGGCCUGUUUAUCUGAUUUCUCCCAUCACCUGUCUUUAUAACAGCAGCCCCAUCCAUCCAUCCAUCCACACAGGCGCAGAUGACAGGAGACGCCAGCUGGCCUGUUGUCCACUUUACUGCUCUUCUAGGGAAAUGAUGGAGGUUAAAGUCCCCGUUUUAUUUGUGGAUUGUUGACUUUCUCGCCUUUGUUCAAGCUGACGCGAAUCUUUAUGAGCAGUGAGCCCCAGUUGUGGCCGGUGGGCAUGGUUUUGGAGGGUAGCUCAGAGGCGCUGUGUCCCCCCCCAUCUCUGGAGCUGCGUCCAUCCUGCAACAAGAGCCAGCCCUCGCCUCCUCUGGGCUCAAGCUCGCAACCCCACGACGGAGUCUUCCCUGAGGACAAGGAGCCCGUCAAGUACGGCGAGCUCAUCGUCUUAGGGCACAAUGGGUCACUGGCCAAUGGGGACAAGGGUCGCAGAAGAAGUCGCCUGGCCCUCUAUAAGAGACCUAAAGCUAACGGGGUCAAACCUGAUGUUAUUCACAAUGUCUCAACCCCUCUGGUGUCAAAGGCACUCAGCAACAAAAGCCAGCACAGCAUCUCCUACACACUGUCACGGAGCCACUCUGUCAUUGUGGAGUACACGCAUGACACCAACACAGACAUGUUUCAGAUUGGCCGGUCCACAGAGAGCAUGAUCGACUUUGUGGUGACUGACACGGCGGGCAGCAGCAGUGGCCAAGGCGGGGGUGCGGCAGGGGAGGGUGGCGGCGGAGGCCAGUCGGCCCAGAGCACCAUCUCCCGCUACGCCUGCCGCAUCAUGUGCGAACGCAGCGCUCCCUACACGGCCCGCAUCUACGCCGCCGGCUUCGACUCCUCCAAGAACAUCUUCCUGGGGGAGCGGGCCGCCAAAUGGAGGACGUCAGAUGGCUUGAUGGACGGCCUGACCACCAACGGGGUGCUGGUGAUGCACCCGGCGGGGGAGUUUGUGUCUGAGCCGGCUCCGGGCGUCUGGAGGGAAAUCUCAGUUUGUGGAAACGUCUUUGCCCUGAGGGAGACUCGCUCAGCCCAACAGAGGGGAAAACUGGUUGAAAAUGAGUCAAACACUCUCCAGGACGGUUCUCUGAUUGAUCUGUGUGGGGCUACUCUGCUGUGGAGGACCCCUGCCGGACUGCGCCACACCCCCACCCUCAAACAGCUGGAGUCCCUUCGCCAGGAGCUGAACGCCGCCCGGCCCCAGUGUCCUGUGGGCUUCAACACCCUGGCCUUCCCUAGUCUGGCCCAGCGCGAGAUCGUUGACAAGAAGCAGCCCUGGGUCUACGUAAACUGCGGCCACGUACACGGCUACCACAAUUGGGGCUACCGCAAGGAGAAGGGUCCCGCCGGCCCCGGGGGCACGGCACCAGCCAGCACCGGGGAGAGGGAGUGCCCCAUGUGCCGGCGAGUGGGCCCCUACGUGCCGCUGUGGCUGGGCUGUGAGGGGGGAUUGUAUCUGGAUGCCGGGCCGCCCACUCACGCUUUCUGCCCCUGCGGCCAUGUAUGCUCAGAAAAGACUGUGGUGGGGUGGAGCCAGAUCCCGUUACCCCACGGCACCCAUGCCUUCCAUGCUGCCUGCCCCUUCUGUGGAACCUGGUUGACAGGGGAGCAGGGCCACAUCAAACUCAUCUUCCAGGGCCCCGUCGAUUGAAGCCCAGACCUGGGAGCCACAUGUGACGGUGGAUUGGGCAGAGGUGGACGUGCUGAAAAAAGAAAAUAUAAAUAAAAAAAAAAAAGACUGUGUGCUGGAACAAAAAUCUGAACACUCAAGUGUGGGAUGACAGAGAAAGCACUGAUGAGUACAGGAAAAGGACCGUUGACAUGAUGAACUGAAAGUGCCAUGCAAUAGUAGAUUGCCAAGCCUUCACAUGGAAUAUGAGAUGUAAGGAGAAUAUGUAAAUAAAUUGUGUUGAAAUGAA